AUGCCGUUUGAACCACUGCCCGCCGUGCCAAACCCUCCACCAGUCGUCACUAGUGGCUUCGAGCUGAGGGCCAGGAGGUACUGUAGUGUCAUGUCCAUGAGUGCUGCCACGUCAGGGUGGCUGUCGUCUGCGGGCGCCGCGCUAUCUCGUCCAGCGAUCACAGUCGCUCGAGGUCGCGCGGGUAAGCUCCCCUGGCCGCAGCAGCGAAAGGGCCCCUCCUCUGCAUCACUUGAUGCUUGCAAACCGAGCCUCCUCCACCCUCUCUGUUACUCGUGCGCCGAGUGGUGUGACGAGCGCGCUACUGGCCUGCUCCCACGGCUUGCAGUAGUGCCAACCGCCAUUGAUUCAGAGAAAGCCAUGGGCUGA